CCAGCAAUGAGUUUUUGUUUGAAGUGGAAGUUAAAAUCGAGAAAUCUGGAAUCGGUGUUUGUUUUGCAGGGUGACAGUUAGCACUACAUUGGAAAUUAAAAGCAAUCAUCUGUGGCGAUGCCAAUCCGUCGAUAUUUUUAAACAUGUAGCUGCUAGAGGACUUUCGAAGACUUAUGGUAUAACGCAGAAGGUUUACCGGUUUAGGCAACAUUAACUUAACGUGCAAGAUAGCAAUGUCUAAAAGAGUCUAUGCCUGGGAAUUAUCAGAUUCCGAUAGCGAAGGUGAUUCGGAAUGUAACGUGAAUCCCAAACAGACAUACACGAAAGUGACCGAAAAAGAUAGUAACAUUUUGCAUGUCCCUGAAAUUGCCAAAACGAGUGUGAAUCAUGGGACGCUAUCUAACGCCAUCGUGGUACUUGAGGAUGACGAAGAAGAUGCGAAAGACCUACUUAAACCUCCGAACCGAACUGAGCCUAGCACACCGAGUCCAGGGAAAAAACGACGGACUCGUGAGGAGGUUGAUGCUGAUCGCGCCAAAGCAGAAGAGAGGAAGGCAGAAAGAGAAAGAGCCAAACAGGAGAGAGAGAAAAAGAAAGAGGAGAAAAGACUGGAACAGCAGGAGAGAAAAGAGGCUGCAGAGCGACUCAAAAGUUACCGACCUGAAAAUUAUGUGAAGUGUCUAACAGUGCGAAUCCAUCCAGUUCUACUGCAGGAUGGAAACUCGGAUGUUUUGACCGAGACUCUUGCAGAACUAGAAUGGAAGAGUUGUAUUGAGCCUCAUUCUCUGACUCAUAGCAUCACCUGGACACGACCCCUACCUCAGGAAAAUUCUGAAGAUGGAGAAGUUGAGGAUGAGCAGGUGCUUAUGGUGAUUUCUCUGUAUGAGUUCAUGGACGUAGUGACGUCAGUCAAACAGAUUUUGCAAGGUAACUCAAGUCGGCAUAAGGAGUCCUCCUCUCUGCUGACCGCACUGACGGACCACCUGAAGACACACACAGGCUCGGUUGUGACCAUGUUGGUGAUGGGUUCUAGCCAGCAUCGCAAACGGGGUUCAUGGUAUCAUUCUCACGGUGACCUGCGUUCUCAGUUAGGUAUGGAGGAUGUGGACAUAGAAGAGGUGCUCGUGUACCUGCAGCUUUAUAAGAGCGUGUGUGUUCACUUUCUGUACAACUGGAAGGAAGUCGCAGACCAGGUGUGCUCCUACACAAAGGCUCUGUCCAAACGCCCCUUCAAGGCCAUGUCCGAGUGCACAGAGCUGGGCUUCUGUGUGGACGGCUCGUGGGCGGCCGGUGCUCGGGUGGAGCGGGACGGUAAGGGUCUGGCCGCCGUGUGGAGCCGCCAGCUUCAGCAGCUCAACCGCGUCAGCCCUGCAGUGGCUACCGCAGUCACCUCAGCCUACCCCUCACCUCAGCUCCUGCUGCAGGCAUAUGAGAAGUUGGACUCGGAGAAAGAGCGGCGUGGUCUGUUGGCUGACCUCACAGUGAAGGGCAUGGUGAAGGAGCGGCGCGUCGGGCCCGAGUUUUCCGCUCGGAUCUACCGCAUCCUCACUACGGAGAACCCUCAGCUGGUGCUGGACUAACGCUCACGCUCUCUGGGCGGCUGCACGCUCGCUUUCAGAAUGACUAUAGCGGUUCAGAGACUAAAAUCGAGCUUCGCCUUUAGAAUGUGAUUUAGUGACGUCAGGCUGUGGAGGCACUCAAUCACACUUCUUCCUGUCUGUUGUUAUUACUCUGUUACUCUGGGUUAGAAAUAUUUUUUACGCAGAUUAUGUUCUGUCUCGUAUGUAUGUGAACAUAAGAAAGUUGUAUUUCAUUCAGGAACUUUUAGUGUUGUACAUCAAUAUAAAUAUUUGUACUUAUUUUGUAAAUAAAUAUGUAAUGUGUUGAAUUAAAGCAUAUGAAGAUAUUCUU